CUAUAAUCUCUACAAUAUAUGUCGGAAGCUUUGGAUUUAUUUAAACCAUUCUAUAAUUCGACCAUUUAUAAAAUACACGAAUUAUUUAAAUUUUGAGUUAGUUCUCAUUACGGUUUUGCCAAACGAGACCUAAGUAGAGGAGUUGUCCUAAUCCCAAAAAGAUUAGCGCCUCUUCUGGCUUUUUCCCUACCAUCAUAUCAUAAUGCGCCAUAUAUAUACAGAAGAGACGAAACGAAUUCCAAUUCUCUUUCGUCUCCAUCUCACUCUCAGCAGGGGAAAGAGUCCAACAAACACUCCUCCUUCCUCUGCUCCGCCAGUUGUAAUUUUACCUUCACGCCCCUCGAAUUCCGCCGCGAGUCCCCCAACCAACUCGCCAAACUCCCCAAAAUGCCCCCUCCUCUCGCCGGCGCCAACGGCGGCGGCUCUGCCGGUUUCCCCCGAUUCGACGUGGCGUCGGACUCAUCGGACCACGCCUACUUGACCCACAACAAGAAGGCCGGGAGCUGCUUCACGAACCUCUCCAGCGGCGUGCACAAGAAGAUUAUGCAGGAGUGGAAGAUCCUGGAGAAGCACCUGCCGGAGACGAUCGCGGUUCGGGUCUACGAGAACCGGAUCGAUCUCAUGACCGCCGCCGUCGUCGGAGCCCAGGGGACGCCGUACCACGACGGCCUCUACUUCUUCGACAUUGGGUUCCCUGUCGACUACCCGAGAUCGCCGCCGUGGGUCCACUACAGGUCGUUCGGGAUGCGGAUCAACCCGAACCUGUACGCCAACGGGCGGGUCUGCCUGAGCCUGAUCAACACCUGGAGCGGCAAGAAGAACGAGAAGUGGAACCCGGCCGAGUCGACGAUUCUCCAGGUUCUGAUCUCGAUUCAGGCUCUGGUGCUGAACGAGAAGCCGUACUACAACGAGCCAGGGGUCGGGUUGUGGCCCGGGAAACCGUUCUGGGACAAGAAAUCGAACGCUUACAGUGAGGAUGCGUUCUUGCUUUCCUGCAAGACGAUGCUGCAUCUGGUGCGGAGGCCGCCGAAGAACUUUGAGGUGUUUGUGGAGUCGCAUUUUAGGGAGAGGGGUUUUGCGAUUCUGUCUGCGAUGAUGGCGUAUAAGAAUGGGGAAUGCAGAGUUGGGUACUACGGGAUUGGUGGGUUGUCGUUGGUUCCUGGGAAGGGCGAGCCGUCGGAGAAAUUCAAGGCCGGAAUUAAGCAACUGAUGCCGCAGCUGGCCGCUGCGUUUGCGAGAACAGGGGCCCCUGUGGGGAAUUUCGUCGAGCAGGUGGCGAGCGAGAAGGUGGCGGCUAAUUCGGUGGAGGGUAAGCAGAACAAAAAGCCGGCCAAGAAGGAGAAGAAAACUGGAGGCGUGAAGAUUAUUUUCGGGAAACUAAAGCAGAUUCUGGGAUUGACGAAAAAGAAGGAGAAGAAGGCUUCUGCUUGAAAACGGCGACUCGUAUGCUUUCCAGCCAAAGGUAAAGUUGCAUUAGGGUUCUUGUUUCUGUAGAUAAUUCGAGCUUUCCUUUUCCACUUUAGUUCGAAAUCACAACCAAAAGAAAGAAAUGUCGAUCUGGGUAAAUCUCCAUUGAUGCUCUCUUCCAUCUGACUUAUGAUCAUCUCAAAUCAAAAUGUAGAGAGAAAUUGCUGCCACUGCUAGUUUGUUAACAACUUAUGGUUGGUGCUGGAUGGGUUGAUUGGGGAGGACAGGUACCUUUCAUUAAUGGUGGGAAGAAGAUCAAGUAUCUAAUUGCCAUUUAAGUUUAAUAUUUCUACAGACUCGAUCUCUCUGUCUAACCUAUAUAAUGAUUGCAAAUUGCAAAAUGUGUUGGUAGCUUGCUUUCAAAAGGGCAAUACCAGCAAUAGUAGACUAAUCAUUUGCCCUCGUUGUGUUCAUCCGAAGUUGUAAACUGGUAUAAUGCACUGCACAACACAACUAUCGUUAUGAUUGUCAGAGCUUCUAUUGACAACAAUACUGGCUAACAUAGUGUUGUAAAUGAUCAUACAAAGUAUAACGACUAAUUAUGAAGUGAAAUUUAUUCUCGCGAACACGAAGGAGUUGUAAGCACGCUAAGCCCCUAAUGUUACGGAUGAUCAUAAUCUCCUUGAACCAAUGCUACCAUCGAUUUUGUCACUCGUAAAAAAUCCGAAUCGUUGCAGAUCCAUGAUUGAUGAGAAUAAGUGGUGGGUAUAUGUCUUUCUCCUACCUGCAUUGUGGUAAAUGGGGUGCGGGUCACUGAGCGACCUUAACAUGGCUCAUACAUCACAAAAAUCUGUCACACUAUAAAAUAGUCCUUAUACCAACCACAAAGACCAUCGACCUCAAUUGUGAUAAAAAUAAAUGAUAUUUCAAGGA